CCUCGCUCCCGCCCGUCAAAAGCAAACACACGCGCAUCCCAAGCCUGUGAUGCGGCUCAUCUUUUCGUCUGCCCUCUCUAGCUUGUCCUUCCGAGCGACUCGACAGCAGCACUCUUUGGGGCCUUGCUAGCUCGCUUUCAGCUUCACGAGCUAUUUUCGGGCUUUCGGAUAAGCAUGACCUCCCCCUCUCACUGAGCCCUAAGACCACGCCUAAGACCCGUCACGCCCGCAACAGAACAUGCCACCGCCACAGGCGACGACGCUGCGUCGCGCAAAGGCCCAGUACAAGAAAUCAGGAUCGCGGCCGCUCUCGCCUACCCAGCAGCGCAAGCUAGCCCGCGCAUUGGAGCUGGAUCGUCGCGCGCAGGCUGCCAGAGAUCGUGAAAAGCGAAGGAAGCAGGCUGAGAAGGCAAGGCAGGACAAGGAAGCGAAGGAACGAGAAGCGAGGAAACAACUGGGCAUCGGAUUAGCUACGCAAUUAGCUGGCUAUAGCUUGACGCAGAAGCAAAUGAAGGGUGGUAUGGAGAGCUGGUUGGGCGUGGGUGACAGGAAGAGGAAGAGAGAUGACGAGGAGAUUAAUCAGAAGGAGAACAGAAAUACAGACGGAAGCGAUGUGAAUACCGAACACGAGAGUUUUUCUAGUAACAUGUCGUUCGACGAGGCUCUGCUUGAUCAGCUCGAUGACAAAGUCGAGCAUCCCUUGGACCGCUCAGAUUCUCCAUCGGGACAUGCUUCGGCUAGUCAUGCGUCACAACCUGGCGAUAUUUCGACGAAUUCUGACUCCAAGGCCACAGCCGCAGCGAUCAAACUACAAGCACCAUCAUGUCUGCCUCUCCAGCGCACGGUCACGCCGCCCGCCAAGAGAGUGAAAACCAUGCGCUCGCCAGACGACAACUGGUCGCAAUUCUUGGAUGGAAACACACAAAUACUUAACGAGAUAUCGCAGCCGCCGCCCCGGGCUGCAUCCCCAGUGGCUUCUCUCUCUCUACCUCCUAUGUCUACACAAGACCUUGAGCUCACCUCAGACGAUUUAGCCGAGGCGGGUCUUCCGAGAACCGCAACCCCAAUACUGAAUCCCAAAGACGGCAUUAUUGUACGGGACUUUGCCUACUCCAACCAAGCAUCUGAAAACAACAACAGCAUAUCUGUCAUAAAACCCCCAAAUGCUCCCUCUCUUCCAGGUAAAUCACGUUCCGAAAGGUCGAUUUUAAGGAGCUUCAGCCGAGGUCCAACAAUUGCAACACCCUCGCCCAAAAUGACAGCCACAUACGCAAACUUCUCUGCUGCACAGUGCUCAUUCACUUCAGACUACCACGACUUCGGGCUCUCCACACAACUUCUCCAAGAAGCUAUUGAAGCCGGGGACGAUGAUACCGAGGAUGAAGACGAGGAAGUAUACUUCCAGGCCCUCGAGAAAUCCAAAGUCUCCGACAAUGUUCUUAUGCCCCCGCCGCCGUUGCGUUUAAACCCUACGGUCUAUACACCUGCAGUGGUUCCCGACGAGGGACAAGGGAGCGAUCUGUUUUCCCGCAAAGGCGGCUUGCAAAUUUUGGGACUGAGUACCCAAGUAUUGAGAGAGGCCGCCGGACUCGAUUACGAUAGUGGAGAAUCCACGGAUGAAGAUGAGGAUGAUGCUCUCUUUAGCAUACCGUUGCAACGGCCAUCUGCUACCAAGGCUACGACCGCGCUUUCCACUGUUACGACUGACGUAGCAAAACAUACGUCAGGUACUAAUACCUCACGGUUUCACGAUUUAGGUCUUUCGACACAGGAUCUUAAAGCCGCAGCGCAGGAUGACGUUGAUUUUACCGACGAUGAAGAUACCCAAGGAUCAUGAUUUGUUAUCGAUCCCAUGCUCUAGAUAUCAGCACAUAAAUUUCCAGUCACGAUUACACAUCACGAAUGAAAUGCUUAUGAAACGUUGCCAGUUUUUAC